CUCUGAGAAGAAGGAAGUCGAGCUUCCAGAACAGCUUCUCCACCAUUCCUCUUGCGCUCUCUCUCUCUGUCUUUCUCACCCAAGUCUGUUUUUCCUUUCCCAGCUUGAUCUACUCAAACACUACAGGAGGAGUUUUCCAGAAAUGAGGCAUUCUUGUGCACAGUCGUGUAACUUGUGGUUCAUAAUCCUGCAGAAACCUGUACCCUGUACAGUUUGUUGCUUUUCUUUCCUGCUCAAACAUCCUUGUUUACUCAGGAAGGGCUCUUUUUUUUUUUUUUUAAUAGGUGAAGUUUAAACACCUUUCAACUUCAGACAACUUGGAUGCGGGGGAUUUUAUACGUUUUUGCAGUUUCUGUCUAACAAGACAAGCUCUGUGUGGGUGUUUUUUUCUGUCUUACUCAUCUUCAGGGAAGAAAAAAAAAGUGUCACCUGAUUUCCAAAGAAAGGAUGCCUCUUGGUGGUGGAAACAAGUGUGGCUGCUGUCAGAAGGCCGUCUACUUUGCAGAGGAAGUUCAGUGUGAUGGACGGCAUUUCCAUAAAUCAUGCUUCCUGUGUACGGUCUGCCGGAAGAACCUAGAUAGCACGACUGUGGCUACCCAUGAAAACGAGGUCUACUGCAAGUCCUGCUACAGCAAGAAAUACGGCCCAAAAGGAUAUGGGUACGGCGCGGGUGCUGGGACGCUGAGCAUGGACAAAGGAGAGUCUCUGGGAAUCAAACAUGAAGUUGAUCUGCCGCACCAGCCCACCAGCAACCAGAACACGUCCAAGUUUGCCCAGAAGUUUGGCGGUUCUGAUAUGUGCCCUCGCUGUAGCAAAUCUGUGUACGCAGCCGAGAAGAUCAUCGGAGCAGGAGCGUCAUGGCAUAAGAGCUGUUUCCGCUGUGCUAAAUGUGGGAAGGGGCUCGAAUCCACCACCAUGACGGACAAAGAUGGAGAAAUCUACUGCAAAGGUUGCUAUGCUAAAAGCUUUGGGCCAAAAGGGUUUGGGUUUGGCCAAGGAGCUGGAGCUCUCGCUCAUUCUCAGUAAAACGACGACACCAAAACCUUUCUAUUCCAUACGCAUGAAGCUUUUCACUGCAUGCACGAAUAUUUACAGCAGCUUAAUUGUUUUUUGACAAGUCAGUUAGCUAGCUAUCUUUUUCCUUACAGUUUAAAUACGCUAGCUAGGAUUACAACAAAAUACGGUCAUUGAACAAUGUUAACGAAGUGUAAACUGCUUGCUAGCUAGUUGAUAGCAUCAGUAAUGGUAUUAAUAGUGCUAGCAGACUAGCAUUACAUGUUGAAAGCAAAUAGCUAGCUUGGUAAGGUAGACUUUAAGCUUUUCAUAGCUAUGAAACUUGUGGCAUGCAAUUUGUGGUGUUGAGAAGAAGGGGAAAAAAAACCCUGCCAUGAUGAGUCAGUGGUUUUGCAAAUGGUGGAAACAGAUGGAAAUAAAAUAAUUUCACUGAA